AUGAGAAAGCAACUGUUAUUUGUUGAUGAUGGUGUUGGAGCAAGAACAAGCGGUAGUGUAGUUACUACGACAUCAAAUAGACAUAAAGGAUCUAGUACUACGACUACCGGCGCUGCCGCUUCCUCUAGCACAAUAGGAACUGCAGGAGGCCCCACCGCCACGGCCAUAAGUACCACUUUCCCUCAGCGACAACUACAACUCGAGCG